AGAUCAUAAUAAAUUAUCUGAAUAAUACUGGGAUAAGUGAGAGACUUUAGUAAUUUAGUAUAAAUAUCUAGUAUAUAGUUAUUUAUUGUUUUAGGUAUUUAUUUAUUUACGUAUUCUUAUUAUUGUUAUUAUUUUUCCUGCCAAUCUGCUGCCACACUCCAGUCCAGUAGGUGGCGGUAAUGCACCUUCAGUUGGUUUGCCAACCGCCAUUAAAACCAGAAGAAGAAGAAGAAGAAGAAGAAGACGCUCAGGAAGCAUCGACAUAUUCACAUGGCGCAUGAAUGUAAACACGAAUAACGAGGAUUAAGUUGAUAAAAGCGUUAUGUUUUAAACACCGCGUCUGGUUUCCUCUCGCAGCGGUUUUAUAAGCGUGGUGUUCGUGAUGUUUGCGCGCGCGCCUGCUCGGUUUGUCCUUCACAGUGUGUGUGCUUCAGUCAGGACUCAGAACUUCUCCCACAGCGCGUGCAGGAACACAGUGGUUGUGGAGCGCUGGUGGCAGGUCCCGCUGUCGAAGGAAGGCAGUCCUCCGAGACUCUACUCUCGCCGUCACCGGGUUUAUCGCUUUGUGGAGGACACGAAGCACAACAUGAAGGAUAAAAUGGAGCUGCUGCUUACACAGACCGUGCCCAAGCUCGGCGGUCGAGGAGACACGGUGUUUGUGAAGAAGUCUGUGGGACGGAACAAGCUUCUGGCUGAAGGUCUGGCUGUUUAUCCUUCACCUGAGAACAAGGAGAUGUUCACUGAGGAGAGACGCUUACUGCGAGAGGGAAAGAAAGAGGACAGAAUCCAGACAAGGACAGGACAGCUCACGGUGGAGUUCCUGAAGAAGGCCGCAGUGGAGGUGGGAAUCCCGCCGGACGCCCAGCAGCAGUUUCUCCUCACGGAGGAAAUCGUUUGCAGGAAUUUUUUAAGAAAACUGGGCGUGGUCGUCCCUCCGCAUGCUCUGACGUUGCCGGACGAGCCGAUCACACGGUUUGGAGAUUUCUGGUGUGAGGUCACGGUGAACGGCUUGGACACGGUGCGAGUCCCCCUCUCUGUAGGCCCGUACGUUGAUCCGAAGAAGAAGCAGCUCAUGAACCUCGACGCAGCAGCGAUGGAGACGAAAGCGGAAACCGACGUGGAAUAAAGCUCCGAGUCGCAGUCGGACGUCUCGCCUACUUUCACAUCCGUUCUACUGAAUCUAGUGUUUUCUUUCUUUCUUUCUGCUGUCUGUGAUUUAUUGAAAUAAAAGUUCGGCUAAAAGUG